AUGGCCCAAAUUAAUGGGCCACCUAGGCACAGAAUAAGAUCUUAUUUCUGUUUGGAGGCCAAGAAAAGAAAAGAAAACAAAACAAAACAAAACAAGCAGCGGCAGAGUACCACUCCAAGGAUUUCGAGUGGGAUCAACUCUGACGAUAAAUCGAGUCCGACCCUUCUCUUCUCUACCAAGACUCAGACGCCUGGAACAAGUUUCACUCUCGUCACUCCUCCGGAAAAUUCUUCAAGGGAAGUUAUUCUGCAAAAGCAGGACAUUUGCCUUUCAGAUGUUGAACACAAGAGAGUGGCAGGGUUAAAUGAUUUUUCUUCUUUGAAGGAAUGUGAAUGCUGCCAUGGUGGGGUGGAUUUUGUGACUUUGAUAUCCAUGCUGUCAGCAUUACCACUUCACAGGAUGCCAACAUCAAUUGCAGCAUGUUUCUCUGUAUUGAAACCUGGUGGCCUACUUCUAUUCAGAGAUUAUGGCCUUUAUGACAUGACGAUGCUUC